UGUAGUGCAUUCUCUGGUGCUGAGAAAUGUGCUGCUAUCAAUGAGACUUGUGUUAACCUUCCUGAACCAGACUUCUAUCGAUGUGGUCAUCCUUGUGAUGUGAAUCAAUGCUUGAAUGGUGGAAACUGCACAGCUCUACCAAAGGACGAGGGUUUUUUAUGUACUUGCUCUUCAGAGUGGACAGGAUCAGUUUGUAAUAUCAAGGUGACGGACUGUUUGUCUGAGCCAUGCAUGAAUGGAGGGUCGUGUUAUCUGAAUGAUAAUGGCUACAUCUGUAUGUGUCCUAUGUACUACACUGGAACUCACUGUGAGACAGACAUGCCACUGUGUAAGUCGAAUCCGUGUCAGAAUAGAGGUCAUUGUCAUCAGUCUGAUGCAAAUACAUAUGUAUGCGUGUGCUCAGCUGGUUACACUGGUGACCAUUGCCAAACCGAGAUAAUGGAAUGUGCAUCGAGUCCGUGUCAAAAUAAUGGCACAUGCAUGGAGGACAUUGCAAAGUAUAGUUGUGUUUGUUUUACUGGAUUUCUAGGUAGCCAUUGUGAACACAUGGUCAUGGUUGAUGAGUGUGCAUCAUCUCCGUGUCGUAAUGGUGCUUUCUGUAGAGACAUGAUGGAUUUUUACCAGUGUUAUUGUCGGCCUGGUUUCUUUGGCAGUAUGUGUGAAAGGAAUGUAGAUGAGUGUUUGGAGUACGAAUUUUUAUUUGGCAAGACUCGGUGCUUCAAUGGUGGAACUUGUGUUGAUGAUGUGGGUUCAUACUACUGUGACUGUCCUGUUGGAUUCACAGGCCAAGACUGCAUGACUGACAUCGAUGAAUGUAUGUCUUAUCCAUGUGUGCAUGGUACAUGCAUCGAUGAAGUCAAUGGAUACCGAUGUGUAUGUAACACUGGUUAUAUGGGCAAUAGUUGUGCUGCAGAUGUAAAUGAGUGUGCAAAUAUAACGCAAAGGUGUUUCAAUGGUGCAACAUGCGACAACUAUUUGGGAGGUUUCAACUGCACGUGUGUUGAAGGUUAUUCUGGUAGCAAUUGUGAGAUUGAUGUGGACGAGUGUGCUUCUAGUCCUUGUGUGCAUGGCACAUGCAACAAUGAGCUAAACCUAUAUCAGUGUGUAUGUGCUGUCGGCUUUGAUGGUGAUCAGUGUCAUAUGGAUAUUGACGAAUGCAAAGUAUCUUCACCAUGUCAAAACAAUGCAACUUGCAAUAAUUACGAGGGUGGUUACAACUGCACAUGUACUGAAACAUACAAGGGACUGCAUUGUGAUAUUGAUGUUGAUGAAUGUAAUGAAAUUUUCCCAGUAUGUCACAAUGGUGGAAGUUGUCAAAAUUCCGUGGGAGGCUAUGAGUGCCAGUGUGUUACAGGAUAUACAGGUUACAACUGUCAAACUGACAUUGAUGACUGUGUUUCUACACCAUGUGCCAAUAAUGGCACUUGCAAUGAUGAAGUUGAUUCCUAUGAAUGUGUUUGUGAAAAUGGGUACACAGGUGCAGAUUGUGACUCUGAGCUCAAUGAGUGUGACUCCAAUCCUUGUGUUAAUGGAGCUUUGUGCCAAGACGAAGUGAACGCCUUUUCCUGCAAUUGUUCGGCAGGAUUCACUGGCAAUCUGUGUGAGACAAACAUAAAUGAAUGUUUAUCUAGUCCAUGUGUGUAUGGCAUAUGUGAAGAUGAAAUCAACAAAUACAGAUGUCUCUGUUCUUCUGGGUUUCAUGGUUUUGAUUGUCAUUUAGAUGUUAAUGAAUGUUCUGUCAUAUUGCCUUUGCUUUGCCAAAAUAAUGGAACUUGCAUUAAUUAUCAUGGUGGCUAUAACUGUACAUGUCCUGAACAAUUUACAGGAUUAAAUUGUGAAACUGAUGUUAACGAGUGUGACUCUAGUAUACCAGUGUGUCACAAUGGAGGAACAUGCCAGAAUUUAUUUGGAGGUUACUCGUGUCAGUGUGUGUUGGGAUCUACAGGACAUGACUGUGAAACUGAUAUUGAUGAGUGUUUAAGCAACCCUUGUGUGACUGGCCAAGGCUCUUGUAUAGAUCUUCUGAAUGGCUAUCAAUGCAAAUGCAAACUGGGCUUCUUUGGCAUUAACUGUGAAACAGAGUUCUGUUCUACCAAGCCUUGUGUUCAUGGAAUUUGUUAUGGAGGUCAUUGUGCCUGUGCCAAUGGAUACACAGGAGAUCGGUGUACUAUUGAUGUUGACGAAUGUCUUCACCGUAAUGAUAUCAUGUGUAACAAUGGUGGAACUUGUGUCAAUUUCAUGGGAGGAUACAACUGCAUUUGUUUGUCUGGUUUUACUGGAGAUCACUGUGAUGUGGAUGUAGAUGAAUGUGCACAAAUAUCAGGGUUAUGCCAUAAUGGGGCUACAUGUGAGAACAGAAAUGGUUCAUAUGUGUGCCACUGUGCCGCAGGCUAUGCAGGUAUGAUCUGCAAUACUGAUAUAGAUGAGUGCACAUCGAGCCCUUGUAAUCAUGGUACAUGUAGUGACAUUGUAGAUGGCUAUAACUGUACUUGUGAAGCUGGAUUUACAGGAGACCAGUGUGAGGCACAGAUUGAUGAGUGUGUCAGUGAUCCUUGCCAAAAUGGAGGUCGCUGUAUUGAUUUUGUGAACCGUUUUAUGUGCUACUGUGACAACCGAUACACAGGAUUACUUUGUAGUCACGAUGUUAAUGAGUGUACACUGUUUCCAGACACAAGUUGCUUUAACAAUGGUAGAUGUAUCAACUUGUUUGGUGGUUAUAGUUGUAAUUGUUCUUCUGAAUACACUGGAAAUAUGUGUGAAUUUGAUGUAGAUGAAUGUCUACAUAAUGAAACAUGUCACAUGAGUGGUGAUUGUGUCAAUAUUAUUGGUGGCUACAAGUGUCAUUGUUUCAAGGGAUACACAGGUCUUAAUUGUCAGACUCAAAUUGAUAUGUGUACAUUGCAGCCUUGUUUGAACAAUGGUACAUGUGUGUCUGAAAUUGGUUCAUUCAAUUGCAUCUGUCCAGCUACUUUUAGUGGCUCUAUUUGUGAGGUGGAAGACUAUUGUUACAAUGCACCUUGUCUCAAUGGUGGAACAUGUAAACAAUCUGAAAAUAACAUCAUCUGUCAAUGUCCUAGUGGAUAUGCUGGAAACCUGUGUGAGGUAGUCAUGACAUCAGUUGUGGAGACACCUGUUAUUACAUCAUCUAGGAAAGCAAGCUUUCCAGUAGUGAUGUCAACACUGUCCACACUGUUUUCAGAUAUCAUCAUGCCAAUUGUUUUUGUCUCAACGACACAACUGCCCAUCAUGGAGGUGCCAGACACAACAUAUAUGGCUACACUUGCUGUUGUGAGUGAACAGCCCCUGCUCACCACACUAUUAACUGUGCCAUCAGCAAAAACGACAACAUUUGUUUCUGAAGUCUCUACUACGACUCCACUGCCAUCUGUUUCUGUAAAAUUGGACGUUUCAUUUUCUACAGAUUUCAUGGCUAUUUUAAGAGUGCAGUCUUCCACUACUCCAGUAGUAAUUCAUCCAACACCCGCUUCAUCAGCAAAAACGACAACAUUUGUUUCUGAAGUCCCUGCUACGACUCCACUGCCAACUGUUUCUGUAAAAUUGGACGUUUCAGUUACUACAUAUUUCAUGUCUACUUUAAGAGUGCAGUCUUCUACUACUCCAGUAGUAAUUCAUCCAACACCUGCUAUGCCAACACCCGCUAUGCCAACACCAACUACGGCAUCACCAACAAUGGCCAAUGCCUGCUUUUCUAAUCCUUGCUUAAACAAUGCAUUGUGCAUAAUAAACACAAUGUACAAUUUUAGUUGUCUUUGUCUCAUUGAUUAUACUGGUACUUUUUGUGAGUCGCAAAUCAGUGACUGUGCUGCAAGUGGAGACUGUUUUAAUGGUGGUAGCUGUGUUGACGAGAUAGGAUCUUUCACAUGCAGAUGUCCUCCUCUAUUUACAGGGCAACGAUGUGAAACAGGAGUUGGUUGCAGUGAGGAUCCAUGCUUCAACAAUGCAACAUGCCAGACAACUCAGACUGCACUAGCUUUCCAUUGCAUCUGUAGUCCUGAUUAUACUGGUAUGCAAUGUCAAACAAAAAUUAACAAUUGUUUGGUAAACAACAGCACGUGCUUGAAUGGUGGAACAUGUGUUGAUGACAUCGACUCUUUUGAGUGCUAUUGCCCAGACAACUUUACCGGACAGCUAUGCGAAACACAACUGACUCCUUGUGAUAUCACACUAAAUUUGUGUAGAAAUGGCGGCUCGUGUUUGUUGUCUCCAGGAGGUAAUGGUUUCCAGUGUUCUUGCACAAGUGACUACACAGGUAUGCAUUGUGAAACAGCUGUGGUAAGUCAAGAUCCUUGCCUUUCUUCCCCAUGUACUAACAAUGGCACUUGUCAUCUCAAUGGCAACAUGGCCUACUGUCUGUGUCCUGUCGACUUCACAGGGGAAUCAUGCGAAACUAUGGUUGAUAUCAAGUUUUGUGAAUUAAACUACUGCUUGAACAAUGGCACUUGUUCUGCCAAUGGAACACAUGUCAGCUGUAUGUGCUUAGACACUUUCACAGGGGUACAGUGUGAGACAUCCGUGAUGGUCGAUCACUGUUCAUCUAUAUCUUGCAGAAAUAAUGGUACAUGUCAGGUGGUUGGAGGGUUCGCUGAUUGUGUAUGUGCAAACGGGUACAGUGGACAACUUUGUGAAUCAGACAUUUGCCAAUUUUCUGUUUGCCAGAAUGGUGGUACAUGUCAUCACAUGGGUGGGGAUGGCUAUUCAUGUACGUGUCCUCCUGCUUUCAGUGGUGAGCAAUGUGAAAUGGUUCUGGGGGAUCCAUGUGACUCUAACCCUUGCAUAAACAAUGGAGUUUGCAUAACAGAUCAAAACAAAUUCACUUGUAGUUGUUCAGAUAUGUACACUGGAAGGUUUUGUGAAACUUCUGUUGAUAAGAGUCCAUGUUCAUCGAAUCCUUGUCAAAAUGGUGGUAGAUGUGAGCCUGACACUUCUGGAUUUACAUGCAGUUGUCUCGUUGACUUUACUGGCUCUCUUUGUGAAACUAGUUUAUGUAGGUCUUUAAAUUGCAACGGUGGCACUUGCAUGAUACAAGAAGGAGAAGCAAUAUGUGUUUGUCCACAAUUCUACACAGGCACUAGUUGCGACAUACCAUCAUGUGAAGGAAGUACUGCUUGUGGCAGGUAUGGUGAAUGCGUCAUUCAAGAUAACGUUCCCUCAUGUGACUGUCAAGAGCAUUAUUUUGGAUCUGGCUGUACCGAUUUGUGUAAUUCACCAAAUGCAGCAUGCAGUGAAGACCACAUUUGUUCUGAAGUUGAUGAUUCACCUCGUUAUCAAUGUAGAAGCAAAGAUGUGACAAUAGUAGCGGAGAGCUCUCGUGGUCCUGCUGAGGGAAUUAUUGGAGGAGCUACAGUUGCAGGGAUUGCUCUAUUAUCACUGGUCAUAAUUCUAAUAGUUAUAGUAGUUUCAAGAAGGAAACAGCACGGAGGAUACAGUCCUCGAGAUGAAGAACAUAAGGCAGAAGUGACUAGCUUGGAAAUGGGAUUAGUGAAAAAGCCUCCACCGGAACGUUUAAGCAAACCACAGACCUUUGUCGCGCCUGAACGUACGUGUACUGUACUGUACUGCUUGUCUGUGCUAUAUCAACGUCAAGUUUGCCGGAUUUUGCUGAAGUCGAACAGUGUAAUGGCUGUGCAAGGACGUGCUUUGAUGUUUUGUCCUGGAAUAUUUAGACUGUUUGUCGUCCUUGCUUUUCUUCCUUACUCAUUGCAAGGUGAUUCUGUUUGUCAAUUUGGAGGAUGUGGUGUGGAUGCAGUGGGUUGCUAUUAUGCUUCGUGGUAUGUAAAUCCAGGAAACAACGCACUUCAUGUAAGGAUGGAAGGAACUGUAGGGGAUGGAUGGUUAGGCAUUGGCUUCACAAGCUCAACAUCUUCUGACAACUUUGAUUUGAUCACCGGAUAUGUUGUAAACAGCACUGUUGUUAUCGAAGAUAGAUAUGCUAUGACGAGUUCUCAUGCUCCAGUUGACCCUGACCAAACAGCUAUACUUGGAGCAAGUGGCAGGGCAACGCCCGAUGCAAUGCAAGUGACCUUUAAUCGCUCUUUGACUUCUGCCGAUGCCAAGGAUGCGUCUUUAGACACACCUGUUCACAUUGUGUUUGCCAGGGGGCCAUUCUUGAAUAACUCAGUUGUGGAAUACUCGUGGAAGAAUAUGACAACUGAAUUGGUAGACGUUUCAAAAUGCAUUUCCUGUCAUACAGAGCCUUGUCAGAACAAUGGUUCUUGUCAUCAUGUCAAUGGAACUGCCUCUACCUGUGUUUGCUUGCCACAGUUUACAGGGCUUCUUUGUGAGACCAAAAUAUGUGACUCGGUUGCCAACUGUUCUGGUCGCGGUGUAUGUGAUUCAUCGUUUGAUUCUGCAAAGGCAGUCGGUAGGAACAACAACAUUUGUACCUGCAGUAAAGGCUAUAAAGGGUUUUAUUGUGAAAAUGAUAUUAAUGAGUGCGAAGUGGAAGGUGGAAAUGAAAUUUGUGGCCAGUUUCCUUGCCUCGACAAAGUGGGACGGUAUGAAUGCGAUUACUGCUUUGAGUCGAAAUGUAAGAAUGGAGCUACUUGUGUGCCAGUCCAUGCCGACUCAACUACAGAUGUCACAUGUCAGUGUCCUGUCGGCUUUCGUGGCUCUGUCUGUGACAUUGAAGAAUGCAUUGAUCCUAAGGACGACUGCAAUGAUCAUGGCAUUUGUAAUCCAUUUCGAAACUAUUCACAACCAAUUUCAUCUGUGAACUCAUUCUGUCUGUGUUCUGGUUACACGGGCGGCCGUUGUGAAAUAUUUAUUGAUUUCUGCGAAUUCUUAGGCAAUCCUGUGUGUAAUGCCAUAAACGAAAAUUGCUCUGCUGAAUUAGGUCAUUUCGUUUGUGGAAAACCGUGUGAGAGUAAUCCCUGUGUCAACGGUGGUACAUGCAGUAGUAAACGAAGUGCUGUUGGAUUUGAUUGUACAUGCCCUCACGGCUUCAACGGUACACUGUGUGAAGAUACAAUUAUUGCUAAUACUACUGUGCUUCCUGUUGUUUCUACAAUGUCACUGAGUCAUAUGCAAACUGCUGUGAUUUCUUCACAAGCUGCCACAGUUUCUAAUACCGUGUUUUAUUCACCAAUGCCGACAUUAUUAGUAACGGAAAGUGUUUCACCAGACAAGGUCCCUGCUUCAUUUUCGUCGUCAUAUUUGAGUGAAUCUUCAGUACCGGUGGUUUUGUCUCCGUCUGCAUUGCCUUUGACUGCUGCUUCUAGCUUUGUUGCAACAACUGAUAUGCAAACGAUUGCCUUUUCAUCACUGGAAGCAUCUUUGACUGCAAGUGUGCCAUCUGCCAAAUCAUCAUUGGUGUCUAGCAGUGUGAAACAUGUUGAAGCAAGCAUCACAUCUACUGUGUUGAUUUUUGGUAAGAAUAAUCUUACUGUGGCACCGUCAGCGACAGUGACCGUGGCGGGGACUGAAUCAGCAAGUGAUGUAGCUAGUGUUUUGUUUUCGGGUACGCCUUUGAAGAGUUUGUUUUCAACUUCACGUCUCGCUGCACUGUCUGUUUCUACACUUUCUGCCUCAGUUCCUUCAGUUGUAACUUUUGCGUCGUCUGUUGCUCAACCUCUUUCAACCUCUACUUCAACCUCUACUUCAACCUCUCUUAAAUCUGGUUUUUCUAUGUUGUCUUCUACUUCAGCUACAUCGUCUUCUACUGUGGGUACAUUGACUUCUACUUCAGCUACAUUGACUUCUACUUCAGCUACAUUGACUUCUACUUCAGCUACAUCGACUUCUACUUUAGUAGUCUCUGCUCGCUCCAUUGCUUCAUCUAACUUAGCCCCUGGUUCGGCUCUUGUUACAUCAGCUUCUGUCACAUCAACUUCUGUCACUUCAGCUUCUGCCACAUCAAUUCCAGCUGUUGCUCAGUCUUUGUCACCUGUACUAACACAUGUGGUGGUAACUGCUGCUGUUUCUGUAGUCACUGCACCAUCUUUGGUUAUCAUCUCUUCUGGAAGUUCUUCUACUCCUCCUUCAUCUCCUGUUGUAUUGUUACGCACCUCUGGAUCAUCCGCUGCUGCUUUGCUUGUGUCACAGAGUCGCAAUGUAAUGGGUUCAAGUCAUGUGGAUAUGAUCGACACCACGGCAUCUAGUCGAAUAAUGCUUAUAUCUUCUACACAGACUUUACUUGUAACUCAAUCUGUAGAUGUGGAUACACCAGCUCCAUUGACAGAUGACGGUGGCAUUGCAACAGGUGUAAUUGUUGGCAUUGUAGUUGGCUGUGUUGUUAUCAUUCUCAUCAUCAUCAUCAUCAUUUGUUGCAUUACCAUGAGUUCUCACAGCAAAGAAGGUAAAUAUAGUCCCAGUCAACAAGAGACGAAAGGUUCAGUUAGAUUAGAACUCGGGAAUAUGCUGCCACUUCCAGAGAGGGAACGAUUAAUUUGAAGAUAUUUUAGUAAUGAUAAGGGAUAGACAGAGAUAGACAUUUUAUUGCAAUUUUACGUUGUCUAUAUAGAUACUACGUGGCUUUACACGUGGAAGCCAUGUGUCUCACU